AAUCGUUGCAGCGGUAAGUUCCUACGUGGGACUAACGGCUGUUCUGGUCCAGGCAUUUACUUCGCUACAACAGCCAGUGGAGCUCGGUCAGCAUCUCAAAAUGGCUCUCAGGUAGUCUUUCGCUGCCAGGUCCGUCUGGGUGCCGUAGAGACGAGAUCCACGUUUGGCGCCGGAAGUUAUCAGUUUAUCGCGCUUCAGAAUAGGGGAAAGUUAAGAGGGACUCUUCUUGUAAUUCAGAAAUCCAUCUGAGUAGAUCCACAGUAAUAUUCGAGAUGGAUUUCUGAUGCAUGGAUUUCUUUAACAAAGGACUCCGUACAGCAGAACUCUGGUGUCUACGUCGUGUAUAACUACGAUCAAGUGAAGAUACUGGGCGAAGAGUAG